CUCCAGAUUCUCUUUACUCCUCGGGCUUCUUACAUAAGCGUCAGACGCUCUCGUGCCCAGAUACUUGGUCUGACCUCGCUAGAUGCAAGUGUCGGGCGGAACUCCCAUCUCGGCCUAAGCCUAUUCUCCGUGACUCUUCGGGUGUUCUGCCGGCGGCUUCGAAUGCAUGCUCCCGGAUUCUAGAACAUUUCCUCUCUACACUGCGGGCGCUUGCGUUUGGAGCUCAUGCAGGCGGUGUGUGGUGGACUUCAGGAGGCAGGAACCUGACUUAUCCCCUGCAUUACGGCUCCCGUCAUGCUUCCCGUCAUGGUUGCAUUGUCUUGCCGGUAUUCGAUGGGCCAAUCGGCUAGGCUGGAGACGUUCGUUCUAGAGUUUUCCAUUCAUGCUCCGAAGAU